CGCCAAACCUCUGCAAUUUCCCAUUUCCUUCUCCUUUUCCGGCCCCAAGAUGCAUUCUUUCCUAGGGUUUCGAUCGGACUGAGACCGAUUUAAUUACAUUCAUCUCGAUUCUCUGCUACCUUUUGAUUCCCUGCUGUACAAAACCCUCAGUGUUGUAGCUUCUGAACUCGAUAUUGAUACCGAUGGGGAAAAAGAACACUGUUGUUAUAUCGUCAUCGGACGAUGAAGACUGCGGGCGUCCGUCGAGAGUGAAGCGGAGCUAUGAGAAACCGAAAUCCAGGUCCUCAUUCGCCAGUACUAACCCUAGUCGAGCCAAGAAGCCUCGGAUUUCAGGCUCUCGGUCUUGCGUGAGUAAAAGUUUGAGCAAUGUAGAUGAGAUUAGAUUGGCUUUUGAAGAUUUUAAUGAAGUCUUGAAUGGGUUCAAGGUAUCUUCUGGUUCUGGAAAGAGCAACCUCAAGGAAUUAUGGGUUGAUAAAUAUAAACCCCGCUCUUUGCAAGAGCUUGCUGUUCACAAGAAGAAGGUUGAAGAAGUUAAAACAUGGCUUGAGGAGAGGUUGAAGACCCCGAAGGAUAGGUUUAACAACUGUGUUCUCAUCAUCACUGGGCAAGCUGGGGUUGGAAAAUCUGCAACUGUCCAUGUGAUUGCAUCUCACAUUGGAGCCCAUUUAUGUGAAUGGAACACCCCAACUCCCACAAUUUGGCAAGAACAUGUUCAUAACUCAAGUGCAGGGAUAAAUUACACUUCUAAGUUGGAUGAGUUUGAGAACUUUGUUGAGAGAGUAAGGAAGUAUGGACUGAUCUGGUCAUCAUUCCCUGGAGAAAGAAAUUCUUCAAUUAUUCUUGUGAUUGAUGAUCUUCCUGUAACUACUGGAAGAAUGGCUUUUGAAAGACUUAAAACCUGCUUGGUUCUUCUUGUAAGAUCGACUCAGGUUCCGACAGUUAUAUUUGUCACUGACUAUGGUAAUGAGGAUUCAUCAGACAACACUGCAAGAUGGUUGGAAGAGCUUCAAUUGUCACUUCAGAGUGCUGGAGCUAGUAAGGUUGCUUUUAAUCCUAUAACAACUAAUGCUGUCAAGAAGACACUCACUAGAAUAUGUAGAGAGGAGCAAUAUAAUGUGACUGCUGAACACAUUGAUCAAAUAGCAAAAGCCAGUGGAGGUGACAUUAGACAUGCGAUUACAUCCUUGCAGCUAUCUUGUCUGAAACCAGAGCAAGUGCUUAAUAUGUCAUUAUCCGAUUCUGCUCCAAGUCACACAAAAGAAGAAGCAAAUUUGUAUGAUGGAUUUUCUUUACCGUAUGGUAGAGAUGAGACCCUAACUCUAUUUCAUGCUCUAGGAAAAUUCCUGCACAACAAAAGGGAGGCUGAAAAUGUUGCUGCCUUGGACCAGGAAACAUUUCAUGUACAAGAGAAAUUCUCAAGACUUCCAUUAAAAAUGGAUGCUCCAGAAAAGAUUCUUUGUCAGGCACAUGGGCAAGCAAGGCCUAUUGCUGAUUUUCUUCAUGAAAAUGUUCUAGAUUUUCUGAGUGACGAAGCAAUGGAUGAUGCAUGGUCUGUGACUUCAUAUCUGAGUGAUGCUGAUGUGCUUCUUGCUUCUUUCCGAGGAAUGCUGGCUAGACAUAAUGAGGCAGAGAAUAUUCUACAGUCUGCUGGCGCUUCAGUUGCAGUUCGAGGAGUUUUAUUUGGAAAUUCUCAUCCAUCACCUUCUAGGUGGCAUGCUAUUCGCAAACCAAAGCUGUGGCAGAUUGAGCAAUCAUCAUCACGCAAUCAGAAAGAGAUGAUAAGGCGGAGAUAUUAUGCAUGUAAUAUAUCGAGCUUACCUGAAGCAUCGGUCAUGGCUACAGAGUAUAGCCCCGUGUUAAAAUGGCUUGGAUACAGAGCCUCCUGUCCUAAAACACAUGAUCUAUUGAUGCAAGGCACUGACACCCAAGAUGAAAAUUACGAGAAGAUGGGUAUAGAUGACCAAGAAAGUGAAAUUUCUGAUGAUGAAAUCGAAGAUUGGUGAGAGGUACUAGUUCGAAAAGCCACGGCUCACCCUACAUUGGCUAUCCGCUGUAAAAUAUUUUCAUGCUUCGAGUAUGACGUGUAAAUUUUUCUGUAUAAAAAAGUAUAAUGCAAUUCGGAUUGUAUUAAAUUAUAUUAAAUCAAUCAUCUUAUGGGAU